CACCGAAGGCAGAUUUUAAAAUCUCUUCUUGGGUAUCUCGCCAUUACCAAACUUCAACAAUCUCAUAACCGAUAACUCACGCUCCUUCUCUAAAACCCCUUCUCUUUCUCUCUUUUAUUUUCUCUAAGCAAUGGACGACACGGAGUCUGUGCAGAUCAACGCUGAAGAAGCAGAGAUUAAUGGAGAUGAGUUCUACGAGAAGAUUGAGGCCCCUAAGUUCGUGGACCUCAACGCACCCGAUCCCUACCACCAUGGCGAUGAUUGCUACUGGUUCUGCAUGCGAGUAGGAUGUGACCAAAAGCAUGAAGAAGAAAUGGAUUCUGAAACAAUCUACAAAAAUUUUCUCCUUCGGGUAAUGGCUGCAAGAAGUCCAAACAUUCGGCUUCGAAAAGCAUUGCAUAAAAAGGAUUCAAGUACUGAUCUGAAAUGUCCGCGGACAGUUCCUGCAAAACCUUCAAAGCCUAGAGUAUCGCGACUAGCGCUUAUUUCUUCAAUAUCUAAGAGAAUAGUUGAUCCCAAAGUGAAGGUCAAACCUCUUUCUAAGCAGAAUGCAACCCCAAAUGCAAAGGCAAAACAACAGCCUUCUAUUAUAGCCAAGGCUUUGACUACUCCACGAGCGAAAAAACAGCUGUCGAAUCCAGAAGCAUUUCGAAGUGUUAGGAACCCAAAGACAACUGCUACUGCAAUGCCAAAGAAUAGAGUAGUAGCAAAGACUUUGGUAUUUGAUUCGCCUAAGAAGUCGGUGAGAACAAAGAGUUCAUUAGAGUUGAAUACGCCGGUAAAGACAUUAUGUGCUGGAAUGAAGAAGCUUGAGAUCACUAGUGCGAAGAAACAAGUGUUGGGAUAUGAUAGACCUCUGCCUUGUGAUACUGCAGCUUCCAGAAAAAAAUUAAGAGGACGAGAGGUUAAGAGUAGAUUGUUUGAUGGGUUAAAUUUGCAAAAGCACAAGGGUCACGAAGCUAAAGCUUCUAAAAGUUUGAAGAAGAGUAACAAGGAAGAGACCUUACAAGAGAUUGAGGAGAAAAUGAAGAAUGAUGAUUCUCGGCGGGUGUGCUCUACUUCCAAGAGCGAUGAAGGAAAUGCUUCCAAAGACCCUGCAACGACUACAGAAGUCGUAAAAUCAUCAAUGGAUGAGAAUAGAGUUGAAGCUUUGUCAGACGCUGGCAGAAGUGAAUUGAGUUCGAGAAAUGAUGAUGAUGUUAAGAGAUUUCAAGCUUCUAAGGAAACCCUGGAGUUUGAUGAUAAAAGGCAUACUAUGAACUCUGAUGACAAGGAGAAUGAUGAUGAAGUCAUGGAAAGUGAUGACAAGGAAAAUGCUUCAGCUUCUGAUGAUAACAGAGAAUUGGAUAUCAAGACUGGACAAACAGAACAUAAAAUUCUUGGAAGGCAUGAUACUCCAAAGGACAGUCAAAAGAUAAGUAAGGCAAAGAGUAUGCAAUCUAAAGGUGCCUUAACUGCGGUUGCUACUGGUGGUCAAAGGCUUAAGCAUGAAAAACCUAAGCCUACAAAUCCAAAACCUUUUCGGCUAAGAACUGAUGAAAGGGGAAUUCUCAAGGAAGCUAAUCUGGAGAAGAAACUCUGUCCUGCACCACUUAGUGAGAUCACGCCAGUUCCUAAAGGAGGGAGCUCGCAAAAAAAAUAUCGAAGUGCCAUUCAAAGAAAUGAGAGGUGCCUUAAGCAAACUGAGAAUCAUAAUGACACAUAUGAAAGCAAGGAAAAGGAAACAAACAGAGCACAUAAGGAUCAUCAUCCUAAUAAUCGGAAUUUGAGUUUGAAGAUUUCGAAAGAAAAAAUAGGAAGAAAAAUAUCAACUCCGCAGAGACAUACAAUUUCUUCUCAGCAGAAACUUGUGGCUUCACAACAAGACUGCACCCAGGACAAAUCUACUCCAAAAUUGGGUAAGAGUUUGAAAAGGAUCAAAUCACCAUCAAGGAAACAACUAGCAAGGCCUCAAGAGGCACCACCAAAUGGAAAGGAAACGAUUUCUAUUAUGACCACUUGUAUACUUGGCACCAUAAAGGAAACAUCCCCUACCAUUUUGAAAACCAAGGAAACUAUGAAUCUAGGUGAAAGCGGUGCUUCUCCGGGAACCAAAGUUUCUGUUUCUCCUGCUUCCAGACCCUCAUUACAGGAGAAAAGGUUCGCAACCAUACCUAAGGAACCAAACUUUCAUAGCAUUCAUGUGCCAAGGAGCUGCACAAGAAGAGUGGCUUAAGUAAAUCCUCUGAAUUUGUAUUGUUGUUGUUGUCGUUCAAUUGAUUCAUUGAAUUAUUAUGUAUUCUUUCCUCGAAACGUAGCAAGUUUUGCAGCCAAAAUUGUUUAUAACAUUAGCUUCCUCGAUUAUUCAAUCAUUAAUGUAUAUUUUAUGUUGUUACUUUUUACUUCA